AAUGGAGCUGGCCUGGAUGCUGUGACAUCAAAACCAGUAAUCCAGUUUCAAGGAAGCCAAGGGCACAUCGCAAUUCCAAGGCCUGAUCGACCUACGGAAGUGCGUACUUUCACAUUUUAUCUUUCAAAUAUUGGCAAGGACAGCCCCCAAGGGAGUUUUGACUGUAUCCAGCAGUAUGUGUCUAGCAACGGCAAUAUCCACUUGGAUUGCCUUGGAAGCAUACAAGAUAAAAUCACCGUGUGUGCUACUGAUGAUUCCUACCAGAAGGCAAGGCAAAGCAUGGCACAGGCGGAGGAGGAGACUCGCAGCCGCAGCGCUAUAGUCAUUAAACCUGGGGGCAGAUACGUAGGCAAAAAGGUUCAGGUGCGUAAACCUGCACCAGGAGCUUCCGAUGCUGUUCCCUCCAGGAAGCGCCCAACGCCAGUCAACCUUGCCAGUGCAAUAAAGAGAGGCAAUAGUGCAAUUUCUCAGAGACCCUUCAAAGAUAGGGUUGUGCACUUACUGGCACUAAAGCCUUAUAAGAAACCUGAACUUAUUCUCAGAUUGCAGAAGGAUGGACUUUCUCAGCAGGACAAGGAUUUGCUGGACAACCUUCUGCAACAGGUGGCAAAUUUGAGUGCCAAGGACAGCACUUUCACACUGAAAGACUGCGUAUACAAAGAAGUGCAGAAGGACUGGCCUGGCUACUCUGAAGGAGAUCAGCAGUUGCUGAAGAGGAUACUUGUUCGGAAACUGUGUCAGCCACAGAACAGUAGCGGUUUUCAAGGAGAAGCGCCUUCCCUGAGCCCACCAAAAGACAAUGUGAACUCCAGCUCUCCUCCUCAGAAACGAUCCCAGCCUCUGGAGUUUAUCGAUCCCCUGGCCAACAAAAAGCCCAGGAUCUCGCAUUUGGCUCACAGAACUCAGCCCGCUUUCGACGGGAAACUGAAUUCCUCCAACGGGAAGGACGCCCCUGCCCCUGCCCUGCCGCCGGCUCUCCCGGAGUCAGUGAGCUCCAGCUCCAGCCUCCCGGUGCUGGAGCUGCCAAGGCCUCACGAUCCCCUUUCGGAUGUCAGCAAUGACCUGACUCACAACGGCAGAGACUGUGAGAACCCGGAGAUGGCUGACAGACUGACUCAUCCUUUAUCAACAGACUGUCCCCAAACGAGCAAGCACAAUUGCAGCUCGUAUGUAAAAACCAAGAAAAAAUCCAAAAAGCACAAAGACAAGGAAAAGGAGAGAAAGGAGAAGAAAAAUGAAGAGAAAUGCAAAGAGGAGAAGCAGGACUGUGAAGUAAUAAAAAAUGCUGACUUAGUUAGUGUUCCCCAGGAGCAGGUCACAGGUUUAAAUGGAACAUGCAAUAAUUCUAGUGUACCAACAUCAACUUCAGAAAUGCCAGAUUAUUUAUUAAAAUACGCAGCCAUUUCCUCUUCGGAGCAACGUCAGAGUUACAAAAAUGACUUCAAUGCAGAAUACAACGAGUACAGAGACUUGCACGCUCGGAUAGAGAGGAUAACUCGACGGUUUACGCAGUUAGAUGCCAAGCUGAAGCAACUUUUGCAGGGCUCUGAAGAAUAUAAGACCAUCCAUGAUCAAAUUUUACAGGAAUAUCGGAAAAUUAAAAAGACUAACCCCAAUUACAGCCAAGAGAAGAACCGCUGCGAAUACCUCCACAACAAACUGGCUCAUAUUAAAAAACUGAUAGCAGAGUAUGACCAACAGCAGUUUUAGCUGGCGCUAAUCUGGACUGGGUAGGGCAGAAAAAAGUCACCUGGACGUUACGUUCCCUUUUAUACAACUAGAUUCCUUUCAGAGACGAGCAUUAAUUCCUCGUGGUUGAAGAACUUGGGGAUUACUUACGAUGCCGAAUCUGUCGUGUCUGUGUCUGAGCCGGGUCGCAAGCCCAGCGCCCGGCACGGUCCUCUCGAGUUUUUAAGCCUCUCUGAAUGUUGGAAUGUAACAAAUGGGAAAAAAAAAAAAAAAAAAAAAAAUCUGCUUAUUUGAAGCCAGCAUUUGACACUUAAGGGAAAACUUGCCUAAAGUGAACGAAGCUCCCAAAGGUUAAGAAUCAGUAGUUUUCAUGGAUUAAAGUUUGGCAUGAAGUGUAAUUACCCCUGGCCCAGGUCCACUGGGUUACAAAUUGUCCUUCAAAUGGUGAGGAACUGGAAUGCUGCUAGGUUACCUCCUUCUCUGGCACCUGCGACUGUUCAUAUGCAAGCUGUCUGCUCUACAUGGCACCGCGUUAAAUACACCAAGUACCCAGAGCUCUCGUUGUUUGUUCCUGCUUUUGUCAUCUCCGGUGUGUGCUCUCUUGAGGUGGUUGUGUCAGUAGGCGGGGAUCAGCCCGGGGAUCUGCACUGAGUGCCUUGUGCAGUGCAGCAGUGGAUCCUUCAUGGAG